AUGGCUAUAUGGAAAAAUGCAGCUUCCACCAGUGCCUCUAGCACCGGUUUAUGCAAAUUUCCAAGACGAAAACUUCCCCCGAAAUUCUACCCUACUCCUACAAAUGUGACGUACGAGAAAGGCGGACUAGCAAUAUUAUACUGCAGGGUUGAAAACCUUGGAACUAAAACGGUAAUAUGGAGGAAACAACCUUAUAUCAUACCAAUUACAGUGGGUCAAGAGCAAUUUGUAGAAAUAAACAGAUUUUAUUUAAGUCAUGUUCCAUACCGAGAAGAAUGGAAUCUUCUUAUAAAGAACGUCCAGCCAUUCGAUGCGGGUACAUAUGAAUGCCAGAUUAGCUCAACAAAAAAGGUUUUAAGAAGAAAUAUUACUUUGAAUGUCAUAGAAAGCAGUGGACUAUAUAAACCAGAAAUAUCAAUUACAGGGACUAGAGUUGUAGAAAGAGGCCAAAGUAUACAUCUUACAUGUAAUGCAUCAGGGAAAAACUCGCCACCAGACAGUAUUGACUGGUACAAAGAUGGGAAUGUUCUUAGUACAGAAACACGAGGAGACAUACGAAUUGAAAAGCAAAUUUCAUAUAGAUCAAAUAUGAUAGUUAGCAAACUGACGAUUGAAAAAUCAUAUAUGGAUGAUACAGGAACGUUCGUCUGCGUGACACCAGAACUGAUGACGGCUACAUUUAAAGUAGACGUUAUUAACAGUAUAAAUGACAAAGACCGGAAAGAUAAGCGAGAAAACGAGGACUACACGCAUGGCGGGUCAGAUACGCAAGGAGGAUAUCCAAGAUAUUCUGGGCAAACAGAUAUUCAUAUAAAACAAAUAUAUAAACUUAUACGUUUACAUCAUUUGCUAGCAUUUUUGUCAUAUAUUACUAUACACUUUCGGUAGCAAUUGUUCUACAUUCAAAUCAUUUACAUACAACUCGACACACAAGUGCAGCUCUAAGACAAAUUCUAUAAAUAAAAAGUGUUUGUCGAUUGUCGCAAAGAUACACUUUGUCUGUGUGUUAAUAAUGGAAAAAAAUUAUAUAUAAAAUUCGUUUUUAAUCGGAUAAUAAUGCUCGGUUAAAGCAGCACAUGUGCAUGUUCAUAAGUAUAAAAAUGUCUCAUUCCGAUGUAAAUUAUUUACUGGAAAUUUGAUAGUAUAUUUCGUAAACCGUAAUAUAUCGACUCUAGAUAUUGUUUUGAGUCUGAAACAGGCAUAAAAACUUAUCACUGAGUAAAUACAAACAUAUAGAAUAUAGAAAUUGGUUUAUUAAAUCCUAUGAUGCAAAUGUUGACAGAAUAGUUUCAAUGUUUUGUUAACGCAUCAUUAUAAAAUAAGAUAAUGCUAUCUACCAUACCUGAUGAAAGAAUAGAUUCUAUUCUUUGCUCUCCAUAUAAUCAUUUUAUGAAACUAAAUCUGAUGCAAACUUGUCGAUUUUGCUCAUCUUCAUCUUAUGUAUAUAAAGAGAAGCUAAUUAUUACUUACGCAUGUACAUAUUUAAGUUAUAUUGUUACAUUCAUGUGUAAUAUAAAGAGAUUA